AUGCCGUGGGAACGCCGUCCUGAAGCCGAGGGCGCCGCACCCGACGACCCCUCCGCGGCGGCGCCGCCGGGCGCGCCGGGCCCGGGCCCCGCCGGGGGGCCGCCCGGCGCACCCAAGCGGGCGGGCGGCGCGGGGAUCCCGUCACUGCUGCUGUUCCGGGCGGUGCUGCGCGGGGGCAGCCUGGAGGCUGUGCGCCUGCUCCUGGCGUCGGGCGCCGACGUGCGCGCGACGGACUGCAAGGGGAGCUCCGUCAUGCACUUCUGGGCCCGGGCGACGGCCGGGGUGAAACAGCUCAUGCUCGUCGCGGGGGGGGGCGAGGAGCUCAUCCGGGCCGGCGCGGACCCGAGCGCCUGGCGCCAGUCGGACGGGAUGUCCCCGCUGCACCACGUCUGCGCUCGCCAGAACCACCGCCGCGGGUGGCUGAGCUUCCACAAGGCCCUCUUCCUGCUGCGGCGCGGCGCCGACCCCGAGGCGCGCACCCGCCGGGGCCAGCUGCCGCAGGACAUGGUCGCGGCGGAGCAGGCCGCGGGCCCCGCGAGGCCCCGGCAGCCCGAGAGCGAACACCUCGUGCGUCUGCUGGCGCUGGCGCGGUCGGACAGCCCGCCCGACAACGCCUGGCCCGGCUGCGGCGCGCCGACCUGCUCCUGGCGAGAGGUGCACGGGGGGGAGAGGGUAGAAGUGAGCGACAAACGUUCGCGGCGCCGAGGCGAGAGCGUCACCUUUGACAGAGGUGCCCACGAAGUAAACAUGCGCCACGAUGGCGCAAGUCCUGGCGGCGCGCCCGCGACGCGGGCCAUGGCCGUCAAUGAGAAGGCCAGGUUCGACGUGCGAUGUUCUCCAGAUUCCUCCACUGAGAAACUGUCGGCAGCACGCGCAACCGUCUGCGCAGAGCUGCUGGCGUCGCCGUGGGAGCUGUUGACCGCGUUUCGCAAAGUUCAGGGAGUUGAUCCGGCUCGGGGGCCAGUUCCUGGAAAGUCCGCGGCCAGCAGGGCCGCGAAUGACGACGUCGGCGACAGGCGUGCUGACGCGGACAGGAUCAGCCAGUUGCCAGAAUAUAGGGCGCGCGAAGCUUUCCGCACAAAGGACCGCAGAUUGUUCACAUCUCUCGCAAUAAAGGCCAUCGACAAAACGCAUCGGGAAAACUGCAACAGGAUCUUCGAUAUUCUCACUGAGAUGAGGUCCGUGUACACUGUCAUCGAGGAUUCGACAAGCGUGAAGAACAUGGCCCGCCUUGUCGAGGUCAUGCACCGUGCUCUCGGGCCUCGCUGGCCGUCGCCGUGCGUUUGCCAUCUUGGGUUACCAGACCCACGCUGGAAGCAUCUUGGAGAUCUCAGGUUUGGCGAGCCAGACGAGCGGGGAAAGAUCGCCGAGUUGAUUCAUGUUCUGGGUGCUCGCGUGGCGGUCUCGAAGAAGCAGAACGCGACCGAUAGGGAUUCGUUCUUCAUGUGCUUCGCGAGGCUCGGUAGCCAGUCCGGCCAAGUACGGCGCCAAUUCGCCGGGAGUUCAGCCAAGGCGCUGAAGCACGACGCAGGAGGUAAUUAA